UUAUGACGGGGUCAUCAAGUAGCCGCGCAUCAUACGAACGACGGCGUUAGCGCACAACGAGUAGGGCGCUGGUCGACUCCGAAACCCAGUGGAAGAUACGACUUGUUGGCAGUUACCACGAAGAAAUAUUCACACGACUUUUAAUCAUCCACCCUCUUACGCACCGACAGGGGCCGGAAAGAACCUCUGAGCAGAACCACAAGAGCUUGAACGGAAAUUGAACGAAAAAUAAUAUAAAACUAGCUGAAAAUGUCGUCUUCAGCUGUUGCGAAAACUUCAAAAUACACCUACCGUAGCACUGGAGGUGCUGGUCAUGCCGAUGUUAGCAUCGAGUACAGCGCCGAUCUAAGUGCUCUUACAAGACUUGAGGACAAAAUUCGUCUUCUGCAAGAAGAUCUAGAGUGUGAGAGAGAAUUACGUCAAAGGGUUGAACGUGAACGGGCCGAUCUCAGUGUCCAGGUUAUCCAACUAUCCGAGCGCUUGGAGGAAGCUGAGGGUGGCGCUGAAUCUCAAUUUGAGAUCAACAAGAAAAGAGACACUGAGUUGCUAAAACUGAGAAAACUGCUGGAAGAUGUCCAUCUGGAGAGCGAAGAGACCGCUCACCACCUCCGAAAGAAGCACCAGGAAAUCGUGGUUGACUUCCAGGACCAAAUUGACCAGAUGUCAAAAGCUCGCGCCAGGGCGGACAAAGAAAAAGCGAAAUUCCAACAAGAGGUAUACGAACUUUUGGCCCAGCUGGACAAUGUAACAAAGGAGAAAGUACUCUCAAUAAAAACGAUUGAGAAAUUGGAGAUCCAUAUUUCAGAACUGAAUGUCAAGAUCGAGGAAGUGAACCGUACAAUCGUGGACAUCACCAGCCACAAGACCCGCUUGUCCCAAGAAAACACCGAGCUGGUAAGAGAAAUCCAGGACUUGAAAGUAAACAUGGAGAGCAUUGUCUACACCAAGUCUCAAUUGGCCAGCCAAUUGGAAGACGCUCGUCGUCGUUUGGAGGAUGAAGACCGUCGUCGUAUGAUGGUCGAGGCUUCUCUGCACCAGGUGGAGACUGAGCUCGAGUCCGUCCGAGUUCAGCUCGAAGAAGAGUCUGAGGCGCGCCUGGACCUGGAACGGCAGCUGGUGAAGGCCACUGGUGAGGUCCAAGUCUGGCGAUCCAAGUACGAAACCGAAGCAAACGCUCGCGUCGAGGAGGUGGAGGAACUCCGUCGCAAGUUCACCUGCCGCAUCCAGGAACAGGAGGAGCAGAUCGAGAACCUCCUGGUCAGGAUCAACAACUUGGAGAAGCAGAAGUCGCGCUUGCAGUCCGAGGUCGAGGUUCUCAUUAUCGAUCUUGAGAAGGCCAAUGGAACUGCUCGGGAGAUGCAGAAGCGCGUUGAGCACUUGGAGAAGGUUAACAUCGAGUUGAAAUCGCGGUUGGAGGAGACCGUUACUCUGUACGAGCAGAGCCAGCGUGAUCUUAGAAACAAACAGCAGGAGCUUAUGAGAUGCAACGCCGAGUUGGAGAAGACCCGUGAUCUUAAGGAACAACUUGCACGUGAAAAUAAGAAACUUGGAGAUGAUUUAUCUGACGCUAAGAACCAAUUGGGUGACAUGAACCGUCGUCUCCAUGAAUUGGAAUUGGAGCUCCGUCGUCUUGAGAACGAACGUGAAGAAUUAGCAGCCGCUUACAAAGAAGCCGAAGCUGGCCGCAAAGUAGAAGAACAACGAUCCCAGCGUUUGUCAGCCGAAUUAAGUGCACUUCGUCACGAAACCGAUCGUCGUCUUGCUGAGAAAGACGAAGAAAUAGAAUGCAUCCGCAAACAGACCAGCAUUGAAAUUGAACAGUUGAAUGCCCGAGUGGUCGAAGCUGAAACUAAAUUGAAAACUGAAGUUACACGUAUCAAGAAGAAGCUCCAGAUACAAAUCACUGAAUUGGAAUUGUCUUUGGAUGUUGCUAACAAGAAUAACAUUGACCUGCAGAAGACUAUCAAGAAGCAAUCGCUCACUUUGACAGAAUUGCAAUCUCACUACGAUGAAGUACAACGUCAAUUGUCAGUAACACUUGAUCAAUUGGGAAUAAGUCAACGCCGACUCCAAUCAUUGACUGCUGAAAUUGAAGAAAUUCGCGGCAACUAUGAAUCCGCACUACGCGCAAAGAGAAACGUCGAGCAGCAAUACGAAGAGUCAGUAAGCCGCAUCAACGAGCUGACAACCAUAAACGUCAACAUAACAUCUUCAAAAUCAAAAUUGGAACAAGAAUUGACAGCUCUGGCCGGUGACUACGAGGAAGUUACCAAAGAAUUGAGAGUGAGCGAUGAGCGAUACCAACGCGUCCAAACUGAGCUCAAGCACACAGUUGAAAUUUUGCACGAAGAACAAGAGCGCAUUGUCAAGAUCGAGUCUAUCAAGAAGUCCCUAGAAAUCGAAGUAAAGAAUCUCUCAGUGCGUCUGGAAGAAGUUGAGGCCAAUGCUAUUGUCGGUGGCAAGCGUAUCAUCAGCAAACUUGAAUCACGGAUUCGUGACUUGGAAUUGGAAUUGGACGAGGAGAAACGCCGACACGCGGAAACCGUGAAGAUCCUCCGCAAAAAGGAGCGCAACAUCAAGGAGGUGAUGAUCCAAGUUGAGGAGGACGCCAAGAACAUUGCUCUUCUCCAAGAGUCGCUGGACAAGUCCCAACAGAAGGUUUCUAUUUACAAGAGACAGCUCCAAGAGCAAGAAGGCAUGUCUCAACAGAGUUUUACCCGAGUCCGGCGGUUCCAGAGGGAACUUGAGGCUGCUGAAGAUCGCGCAGAUACUGCCGAAAGCAAUCUAACCCUGAUCCGUGCGAAACACCGCAGCUUUGUCACCACAUCCACUGUACCAGGAUCGCAAGUCUACCUAGUCCAGGAAUCGAGGCAGGAGUUAAACUAAUUUAUUAUCGACAUCUUUAUUUCCAAUAAUAAAUGCCUCCAUUUAUCAAA